AUGUACAUUCUCCUAAUGAGUGUUACAAGCGAGAUUCCCGAGACUGCAGUAGCCAGUUGGAAAGAGAGAGAUGGGCAUUACUGUCUGUUCGAGGAUAUCGACGUGAAUUCAUCCUCUCCAGAGGCAACUGAUGGCCUCAUAUACCAGGCUGGCAUGUCAUCUGCAGUCUGGGAGAAUGGCUCCCAGGCAAUUUGUAAGGUCAAAACUUGGUCGGAGGGUAUGGAAAGUGAAAGCGACACUCUUGCUUUUGUUACAUCCAGGUUUCCACACAUCCCACUUCCUGAAGUCAUUUACUCGUGGGUCGACAAGCAGCUGGACCGUACCUUCCUUAUCUUGAGGCGGGUUCAAGGGCAAACUCUUGCGAAGGCCUGGCCAUCACUAACUUCCCAGCAAAAGGUACAAAUCGCUACUACUGUCGCACAGUAUUGCCACGACCUUGCUGAAGCCACCGCAGAGAAUUUGCAGUCAGCAACAGGUUGCGGAGUCCUUGAACCCUUUUUAACAGUGGAUACCGAAGCAUCACACCCAUCCUGGAAACCUCGACCAUUAGGACCACUUUCUCGCACUGUUGCUGAGAGAUAUUUCCAGAAAAUGUCAACUCAGCCCCCUCCCCCUGUUGGCGAUAGAUUUCAUUUCUAUCAUGCCGACCUUAGCCCGACAAAUAUUCUUAUCUCAGACGACUGUAGCAUCAAAGCAAUCUUGGAUUGGGAAUCAGCUGGAUUUUAUCCCAAGUUUUGGAUUCCUCUGAAGCCGUAUCGGAGUGGAGGAUUCAACCUUGACGUUCCAGAUGAUUCCCGCUACGAUUGGAGGACCUUUUUGAAUCAAAACUCUCUGACGACAUCGGGCUUCUCGCCCGCCUCUGCUGUCAUGAGACUUGCCGCAUAUACUGGGGUCUCAGUGGCCCUAGCCACGGGUGUCUUCUUAAAGGCGCUUCAUCAGAGGGCGAACUUCUACUCGGCCUGCGUUUACCUUUCUCAGAGCAGUGCCAAUCUCAUGAUCCUGACAAAUGUGUGUCUGUUGGCAGUCGGUUUCCUUCUUUUCUGGCUUCAGCGUCUCCUUUACGGCCCCUUGCGACCCAUCGAAACCGAACAGUUGUAUGAAAAGGCAUGGUUCGCCGUUACCGAAACUUGUCUGGCCAUGACCAUAUUCCGGGGCGAGCUGGGGGGCUGGUUUUUGGUUAUGUUCGUCUGUUUACUCGUCGGAAAGGUUUGGGGCUGGAUUGGCGAGGGCCGCGUGGAAUACCUGGAACAACAACCCCCAGCUAACCCUCGCCUGUUCCAUACUCGCCUGGCAAUUUCCCUGCUCCUCGCGGUUUUGUUCAAUUCUUUCAUGUUAAAGUACUGUGUUCGGACGGUUCUUGAGCAAGCACGCCCUGACAUGAUGGUCAUGUUCGGCUUCGAGUUCGCCAUCCUCACCAUCCUAUCGAGUUCGACUGCCGCCAGGUACUCAAUUUCUCUGGUCGAGAUCUAUGUUACUCACCAACAGCUGAAGGCCAGGGUGGAGGAGCGUCGUCAGGAGAUUCGAACUGAGAGACAGGAGGCUAUUCGUCGGAGUGCGCAAGCAGGAGAACUCUCUCCUCCUACUAACCUGCCCGACGAGAACGACAUCAAUGAGAUGGAACUUGAUGUUCCAGGAUGGGAGGAAAAAGGCCGCUGGGUUUUCUAUCUCGAUCUGCUUACGGACUUCUUGAAGCUGACCGUGUAUCUCUCGUUCUUUGCCAUCCUCUUCACUUUCUACGGACUGCCAAUUCAUAUCCUGCGCGACGUAGUGGUGACGAUUCGCUCCUUCGGUCGAAGAAUUAUGGAUUUCCUUCGCUACCGCAAUGCUACUCGUGACAUGAACGAGCGAUAUCCAGAUGCAACCGCAGAGGAAAUCGCACGGGAAGAAGUCUGCAUUAUUUGUCGGGAGGAAAUGGCACAGUGGCAGCAACCCGCGGACGGAGCUGGGCCAACAAGAGGACGGGUUUCCGAGAGACUCCGCCCGAAGAAGCUCCCUUGUGGUCACAUCUUGCAUUUCGCCUGUCUUCGCAGCUGGCUGGAAAGACAACAAAACUGCCCAACUUGUCGACGCCCAGUUGUCGCGCCGCCUCGUCACCGUGGCCAGCCAGGGGCGGGGGUAAACGAUGGACAAGGCAACGGGGGUGCUGGGGGUCUACAAGGUGGCCCUGCUGGAAAUCAGCCUGCCGGGAGAAAUGUAGCCGCUGAUGGUUUACCAAGGGCUCGUGUAUACCAAUUUGGACCCUUCCGGAUUGGGUUCGGCGCGGGCCGAGGUGACAUGUUCCACAAUCUUCAUCAGCAAAUUCAUCAAGGCAAUGCUCCCUUGCAACCAGCAAAUAAUGGCAACCCUGGUGCGAGACAGAUCGGGUUUGGUUUUGGCUUCGGGCGUCCAGCACCACCACCAACCGCCCACCCGUCGCCAGCCCCAGCUCCCGUCUCUGAUAUACAAAGCCACCUUUCCCAAUUAGAACAGCAGAUUAUGCAAGAGAUCAACAAUCUCCGGGUCACUGCAGAUCAACUCCAUCUGGUCCGCUUGUUACAGACCGAGCUUCAGCGGCUUCGGAGUCUCCCGAAUCCUCAGGCAACCCCCCUGGAUUUGCCGAACAUUUCAUCGCAGAACCCUACUAUUCCCUCGUCGUCUACAAUAACAACGACUCGCCGACAAUUCAUAUCAGACCCGAGAGCACCGGCCAUGACGGCUGGCGAUACACGACUACCCGAAGGACUUAGCCUUCCUCCGGGCUGGUCCCUUCUUCCCCUCCACUCAGCGGAGCAGGGCUCGAGUGGAGCGGCAAGCGUGACGCCCACUCCAACUGUUCCUGUGGCAGCUCCCUCUGUACGGACGCCUGACGGCAGCUCCGAGCCCCAGACGCCCGCCUUGGCGGAGAACGGUGUGAAUGAAAACCAGGAUGACCAAGGUCCUAGCCAGGUGAAUUCCGGUUCUCGUACCCUGCCAGGUUGGGGUUCCGCAGUAGCGCCAACCACCGCGACGGACGAUGCUGACCCAGCGUCGGAGCAAUGGACAGAAGUGACAACUGAGGGACAACCUGAGAAGCCCAGCUCUCUAUCCGUUGGACAUGGUGAGGGUGUCCAUCAUAGUGAGGAUGGUGUGGCAGAGGAUAGCUCAUCGUCAUCACCAUCGAAGGGCAAAGCACGGGUGGCAACGGUAGAGGACGUCGGGGAUGAUGAGACAUGA